AUGCCUCCACUGCUGCCGAUGGACCUCAAGGGGGAACCUGGACCACAGGGAAAGCCGGGCCCGAGAGGACCACCUGGGCCGCCUGGCUAUCCGGGGAAACCAGGCACUGGGAAACCAGGACUUCAUGGGCAACCUGGCCCUGCUGGGCCCCCUGGCUUUUCCGGCAUCGGCAAACCUGGUCUUCCGGGACUUCCGGGCAAGGCUGGCAUGAAGGGGAUGCCAGGGCCGGCAGGGGAGAUCGGCCCACGAGGAGACCAAGGACAGCGGGGCUGGCCAGGGCCACCGGGAUUGCCUGGGCCUGCUGGACUCUCUGUGAAUGGAAAACCAGGCCCAAAUGGGAGUCCGGGGCUCCCUGGAUUUCGGGGAGAACCUGGGCCAAAAGGAGAACCCGGCCUGCGAGGCGAGCGUGGAGCAAAGGGCGAGAAUGGCGUGGGAAAGCCCGGACUGACAGGCCCCCGAGGGAAUGGGGGACCGCCUGGCCCUGCGGGGCCUCCAGGGCCUUCCGGCCUUGGAAAACCUGGCCUGGAUGGGUUGCCCGGGGCUCCGGGGAACAAAGGGGACUUGGGGCUUCCGGGUGAGCCAGGGCUCAGUGGGCAACCUGGGCCUAUGGGCCCUCGUGGCCCUCCAGGUGUGGAUGGCACUGGACUGCCUGGCAUAGCUGGCAUGCCGGGUCUGCCAGGCCAUUUGGGGCCCAAGGGCGAACCUGGCCUGCGUGGCCUUCCAGGGCUGCCUGGCGCUACAGGGUAUGGGAAACCAGGGCUCCCUGGCUUAAAGGGGGACCGUGGGCAACCGGGAGUGCCAGGAAUAAUCGGUGACAAAGGGGAGCCUGGGAUGGAUGGAGAGCCAGGGGAGAUGGGGCCCCAUGGGCUGGUUGGGGUCCCUGGCCCUCAGGGCGUCAUGGGUUUGCCGGGCAAGCAUGGGCUCCCAGGCGCAAAAGGUGAAGUAGGGCCAAGUGGGCCUAUAGGACCCCCAGGUCUGCGGGGAGACCAGGGGCCCAGUGGUUUUGCCGGCAAGCCGGGGAUUCCUGGGGAGAGAGGGCUCCCCGGUGCCACAGGGAUGCCUGGCCCAAUGGGUCCCAAGGGGGAAGGUGGCUUCAUGGGACUUCCCGGGGCCCCAGGCUCUUCUGGACUCCAUGGGACCAAGGGAGACGCUGGGAUCCCAGGCCAGCCAGGCCUCAGAGGCCCUUCAGGAAUACCAGGUUUGCAAGGCCCCUCGGGUCCCAUGGGCCCCCAAGGUUUGACAGGCUUGAAAGGUGAACCUGGGCCCCCGGGGGCCCCUGGAAUCAGCAGAGUUGGAGAGCCAGGCAUGAUAGGCCCCUCUGGCCCUCCAGGCGUUCCUGGCAACCCUGGAAUCACUGGGCUCCCAGGAGCCCCAGGGCCACCGGGUCCGCCUGGGGUCCCAGGAAUGUCACCUGAUUUUGAGGGCCACCAUUUGCCCGACGGAAAUGUUGAUGGAGCAGUGUUGGGGAACGGCAAGUCAGGGAAACCCCAGUUCGGCCGAGGGGAACUCUCUGCCCAAAUGUUGCCAGCUUUCACCGCCAUUCUGAGCUCGCCCUUCCCAGCCUCAGGAAUGCCCGUCAAAUUUGACAGGACUUUGUACAACGGGCAGAACGGCUAUAACCCAGGAACAGGCAUCUUCACGUGCCCCAUAUCCGGCAUCUAUUACUUCGCCUAUCACGUCCAUGUGAAAGGAACCAAUGUCUGGGUGGCCCUUUACAAAAACAACGUGCCGGCCACCUACACUUACGACGAGUACAAAAAAGGGUAUUUAGACCAAGCGUCGGGCAGCGCCGUGCUUGAACUCAAGGAAAACGACCAAGUCUGGAUCCAGAUGCCCUCAGACCAAGCCAACGGUCUUUACUCCACCGAAUACAUCCAUUCUUCUUUUUCCGGAUUCCUUCUCUGCCCCACAUAACGGCCGUUUGGGAGUUGCCCUUUUCUCCCUUUGAGUCAUAAACUUGUCUUUUUUUUUGAAAAACAAAAAAAAUAUAUAGGAAAGUCACUGGGAAGGAUGUGUGAGCUACGAUCGCUUUGACCCAGCCAAGGAGAGCAUUCGAGAAAGAGAAACAUUGUUGCUGGACCGCCUGGGGAUUCGGAAUUUGAUUUAUCCUUGUGACGGCAUGGCCUGGCAAGCCCACCGAUGCUGCCCGUCACAUCUUUGGGGGCCCUUGAAAGUCCGUAAGGGUUGGGGAACCUGUGCCAACAAAAGUCACUUUUAACAUUGUGGGGUUUGGGUUUGUUUGUUUUUUAAAAAAAAUCAGCUUAAGGCACCACCUUUUUAGCUCUUUUAAAAUGUGAUUUCGGUCGACGCCUGAGGCAUAACGAAGACCCAGAAGGGUGAAUUCUGAAAUGGUGAAAUGCUUUGCUUUGAGCAUCUUUUACGCAAGGCUCUGUGUAUCUUUAAAGCAUCCCGUUCGGUGUUUGUGAGAAAAGGGAUGACAAAGGAACUCUUCAUUUCAAAGCCAUACAGAGAGACUUCCGAAAUCAACUGGAAAAAGCCGGACUCCGUAAAUCAUGCGUUUAAUAGCCCAGAGUUAUAUAAACCAGUCAAAUGUCCAUCAGGUGCAAGGCAGUAGUUUAAAGAAAUAAAUAUACUUCUAUGAAUAUCUGAGUAUUAAAUCACUGCAGAUAUUGCUAAUUUUAUACAUAUAUAUAUAGAUAGAUAUAUAAAAGACUGAAUUGUGUUGUUCAAACACCUUGUUUCCGUGUUUCCUCAGGAUCUGCAGACUGUUGACGAAGGUGGCCGUACCAAACUCCAUACAAUAUUUGAUAUCUUUUCUUUAAGUAACAUUCCUGGUUUCCCUUCAGUGUAAUUUCCACAAUGGUGCUAAGUAAUAUUUUCUUAAUAUUAGCUCCUUUAAAAGACAUUUCGAGUAGUGCAAUAUUUUUUUUUAAAAGAAAGAAAGAAACAGAAAAGUUUGGGAUUCGGGUUUUUGCAGUUUUUUUUUAAAUAGCCAUUUGUACCCCUUACAUACAAAAAAGAGAUUUCUGUCAUCCGAAGAAAUAAUAGCACAUGAAAAAUAUGCUAAGGAUUCCUUUUCUGCAUAAAUUGUGGAGAACAUGGAUGGAUUUAAUUAACUAUUCUUUUUAUAGAUCCUGAAAUGGCUAGAGAAGCUUAGUAUUUUUUUUCAAAUUUAUUGUAAACAUAUAUACAUUCAAACAACUCAACUAGAACAACAAUUGCAAUCAACACUUUGUGACAAAGAUUCUAGGUUGACACGAGUGAAAACUCCACACCUUGGACUGUAAAAAGGGCAGCAAAAGAAAACUGCUGGGGAAAAAAUAUUUGGGUCAUCUGUUAUUACAAAUAUUCUACCAACUGCCUUUUUGUUUCCUUCCUUUAAAAAAAAAAGUGAUCUGAUUUGUCUGAUUUAAGUACAACAAAAGAACAGGCUAAUGAUUCUAAUUCCAUCUGGUGGUUUUCUAAAUUCCUGAAGAUGACAGUAAUCCUAAUGGCACACUCGCAAAAUAUUUUUUUAUUUUCACCUUGGUUUCCCUCAGGCUAAAAUUGAAGGAGCCAUGGGAGGGCACAUUUUCUGUGUGCCCUACUCAAAAGGCCAAUUUUAGAGGCUCGUGUUCUUGUUUCAAGUGUAUUUUCCUGUGGAGAACAGCCUUUUGGUCCUACUCAUCACGCUAUUCAUUCAGAGAAAAUAUGUUAUCAUUUAGCAAAAUUUGGAGUGGGGGAAAAAAAUUGAACUAUUCUAAGAGAGAAUCACAUAAAUCCAGGUUUUUGCUCUAGGUGCCCAGAGCAUGCUCUACUGCACAUAAAACCUUUUUUUCCCCUCUUUCUGUGUACACAGUUAGUCCUCAACGUACGGCCACAAUUGAGCCCAAAAUGU